GUCUAGUGACGAGGGCAGUGGGGGAGAGCUCAGCCAGCCCUGCAGGGUGAGCAGUCCAGCCCUGGGUCCAGCGGAGCUAAAACGCUACAGCCGGGAAAACUUCCAUCUCCCUCUCCUGGUUUUGAUCCUCACCGCACAGCAGACCCCAGGCGCCGAUCGACCUGAGGGAGGAUGAGAGAUGACCGGUCCUUUGGCAACCUGACCAUUUCCUCAGCAGAGCCUUCCAAAGCGAACCGGAGACUGGCCACACGACCCAGGAGGCGCCGCGCCUCUUGUGGAUGUGUGUGUAUGAGUGAGCAAGCGGUUGUGUGUGUGUGAGUGAGGGUGUGGGUGCGUGUGUGUGUGUGUGUGUGUGUGUGUAUGUGUGUGUGUGUGUGCGCGCGUGUGUGUAUGCGCGCGCUUGUGGUGUGGAUGGGUGUGUGCACAGCACAAUUGCGUGGAAGCGUGUCUGGGUGAGUGUGUGUGUGCACUCGUGAAUGUGUUUGUGUGUAUGUGUGUGCGUGCGUUGUGUAUGUGUGCUCUUGACUGCUAUUAUUAUUAUUAUCAUUAUUAUUAUUAUUAUUAUUUUGGAAGAAAAAUCCUGGAAAUCUGGGGCAGGUUAUGGUACCCCCAGGGUGAUUUCUUCUUUUGCAAGAGGAGCUGACCAGAGCAAGCCACUAGAGCCAUUUCCCUGCCAGCAGAGAGCAUUUUUCUCCCAGAAGAAGGAUUUCAACCCCGGGCUCUGCAGCCAAGUAAAAGAGAUUAGCCCCGAAACCUGUGAAAUCGACCAUUGCUGUGUGAUUACCCAGGCUUGGGAGAGGACUUGGAAAGAAAAGGAGAAAUAAAUCAAACAGCCUGUCAGUUCUUUUUGCCACGUCGGAAGAUGUCAUCUCAAACUAAGUUCAAGAAAGACAAAGAGAUCAUUGCUGAAUAUGAAGCCCAAAUAAAAGAGAUCCGCACGCAGCUGGUGGAGCAGUUCAAAUGCCUGGAGCAGCAGUCAGAGUCGCGGCUGCAGCUGCUACAAGACUUGCAGGAGUUCUUCCGCAGGAAAGCUGAGAUUGAACUGGAAUAUUCCCGCAGCCUGGAGAAGCUGGCCGAGCGCUUCUCCUCCAAGAUUCGCAGCUCCCGGGAGCACCAGUUCAAGAAGGAUCAAUACCUCCUCUCGCCCGUGAACUGUUGGUAUCUGGUACUGCAUCAGACUCGGCGGGAGAGCCGAGACCAUGCCACCCUCAACGACAUCUUCAUGAACAAUGUCAUCGUCCGCCUCUCCCAGAUCAGUGAAGAUGUCAUCAGACUCUUCAAAAAGAGCAAAGAGAUUGGCCUGCAGAUGCAUGAGGAGCUGCUGAAGGUCACCAAUGAGCUCUACACAGUCAUGAAAACCUACCACAUGUACCACGCAGAGAGCAUCAGUGCAGAGAGCAAGCUGAAGGAAGCUGAGAAGCAGGAGGAGAAACAGUUUAACAAGUCAGGAGACCUGAGCAUGAACCUGCUCCGGCAUGAGGACAGACCCCAGCGCCGCAGCUCCGUGAAGAAGAUUGAGAAGAUGAAGGAGAAGAGGCAGGCCAAGUAUUCUGAGAACAAGCUCAAGUGCACAAAGGCCCGGAAUGACUACCUGCUGAAUCUGGCAGCCACCAACGCAGCCAUCAGCAAAUACUACAUCCACGAUGUCUCUGAUCUCAUUGAUUGCUGUGAUUUGGGCUUUCACGCCAGCCUGGCCCGCACCUUUCGGACCUACCUCUCAGCAGAAUAUAACCUGGAGACCUCUCGCCAUGAGGGCCUGGACGUCAUAGAGAAUGCAGUGGACAACCUGGACUCCCGGAGUGACAAGCACACAGUCAUGGACAUGUGCAGCCAGGUCUUUUGCCCUCCACUCAAGUUUGAGUUCCAGCCCCACAUGGGGGAUGAGGUCUGCCAGGUCAGUGCACAGCAGCCUGUCCAGACAGAGCUGCUUAUGCGGUACCACCAGCUGCAGUCCAGGCUGGCCACUCUCAAGAUUGAGAAUGAAGAGGUUCGGAAAACCCUGGAUGCCACCAUGCAGACCUUACAGGACAUGCUGACUGUGGAGGACUUCGAUGUCUCUGAUGCCUUCCAACACAGCCGAUCUACAGAGUCCAUAAAGUCAGCUGCUUCUGAGACCUACAUGAGCAAAAUCAACAUCGCCAAAAGGAGAGCUAACCAGCAGGAAACAGAAAUGUUUUAUUUUACAAAAUUUAAAGAAUAUGUGAAUGGCAGUAAUCUCAUCACCAAGCUGCAAGCCAAGCAUGACUUACUCAAGCAGACCCUGGGUGAAGGGGAGAGAGCAGAGUGCGGCACGACCAGCAGAAGAGAUGGAAGGCUUAGGCCGCCCCACUUUCCUUGGCUGAGCUGCCCCCCUGCUCCCCACUUUGUGCCCCACCCAGCAUUCCAAGGAAGAAGAAAUGCUCGAACCAGGAACCAGGAUUCAGGACAAGCUAUACCACUUGUAGUUGAGAGCUGUAUUCGAUUCAUCAAUUUAUAUGGACUCCAGCAGCAGGGGAUCUUCAGAGUUCCAGGGUCUCAGGUUGAAGUCAAUGACAUCAAGAAUUCCUUUGAGAGAGGUGAAGACCCCCUCGUGGAUGACCAAAAUGAGCGAGAUAUCAAUUCAGUUGCUGGUGUUUUAAAACUGUAUUUCCGAGGACUGGAAAACCCACUCUUUCCUAAGGAAAGGUUUCAAGAUUUGAUAUCUACUAUUAAACUGGAGAACCCAGCUGACAGGGUGCACCCAAUCCAGCAGAUCCUCAUCACCCUGCCCCGCGUGGUCAUUGUGGUCAUGAGAUACCUCUUUGCUUUCCUCAAUCACCUUUCCCAGUACAGUGAUGAGAACAUGAUGGAUCCCUACAACUUGGCCAUCUGCUUCGGGCCCACCCUCAUGCACAUCCCCGAUGGGCAGGACCCUGUAUCCUGCCAGGCGCAUGUCAACGAAGUCAUCAAAACCAUCAUCAUCCACCAUGAAGCCAUCUUCCCGAGCCCGCGGGAGCUAGAGGGACCUGUGUAUGAAAAAUGCAUGGCUGGAGGGGAAGAGUACUGUGAUAGCCCACACAGUGAGCCGGGGACCAUUGAUGAAGUUGACCAUGAUAAUGGCACAGAACCUCACACCAGUGAUGAAGAAGUGGAGCAGAUUGAAGCUAUUGCCAAGUUUGACUAUGUGGGAAGGUCCCCUCGUGAACUAUCCUUCAAAAAAGGGGCCUCACUACUCCUGUACCACCGUGCCUCAGAGGACUGGUGGGAAGGCCGUCACAAUGGUGUAGAUGGACUCAUCCCUCAUCAGUACAUAGUUGUACAGGACAUGGACGAUGCCUUCUCCGAUAGCCUGAGCCAAAAGGCUGACAGCGAGGCCAGCAGUGGGCCACUGCUGGAUGACAAGGCCUCCUCCAAGAAUGACCUCCAGUCCCCCACAGAGCACAUCUCUGAUUACGGCUUUGGGGGGGUGAUGGGCCGAGUGCGUCUACGGUCCGACGGAGCAGCCAUCCCCAGGCGCCGAAGUGGGGGCGACACACACAGCCCACCCCGGGGCUUGGGUCCCAGCAUAGACACACCACCCCGAGCUGCUGCCUGCCCCAGCAGCCCCCACAAAAUCCCCCUCAGCCGGGGACGGAUUGAGAGCCCUGAGAAGAGGAGGAUGGCGACCUUCGGGAGCGCUGGCAGCAUCAACUACCCUGACAAGAAGGCGCUGACUGAAGGGCUCUCCAUGAGGUCUACUUGCGGCUCCACGAGACACAGCAGCCUAGGGGACCACAAGUCCCUGGAGGCUGAGGCCCUGGCAGAAGACAUCGAGAAGACCAUGAGCACCGCUCUGCAUGAGUUGCGGGAACUUGAGAGACAGAACACUGUCAAGCAGGCACCAGAUGUGGUGCUGGACACCCUGGAGCCCCUGAAGAAUCCACCGGGCCCCAUCAGCUCAGAGCCCGCCAGCCCCCUGCACACCAUUGUCAUCAGAGACCCUGAUGCUGCUAUGCGCCGAAGCAGCAGCUCAUCUACCGAGAUGAUGACCACCUUCAAGCCAGCCCUGUCGGCUCGCCUGGCUGGUGCCCAGCUGCGUCCACCCCCCAUGCGUCCAGUCAGACCUGUGGUCCAGCACCGAUCCAGUAGUAGCAGCAGCUCAGGCGUGGGCAGCCCGGCAGUGACACCUACGGAGAAGAUGUUCCCUAAUAGCUCCUCCGACAAGUCUGGCACCAUGUGACCUGCAGGACCGGUGACACCGCCGUGGCCCACUGCAGCACACCAUAGGCCUAGGGUGGCCUCAGUGGCUUCCACUUGCUUCCCAGGGAUCUCCUGGCCUUAGAGGGCAGAUGCUAGAAGGUCAGCCUGGGAGGGUGUAUGUCUGUGAAGAGCAGAGGCCCAGGCGUUAGCUGCAACUCCUACUCAGCCAUGUGAAUGCCACAGACUUCUUGUGGGCAAACAGACAUGCCAAGAAGUGCUGGAGCAAGAUCAGUCCCAAGGACAGUGUUUCCUAAGAUUGAGGCAGAUGCUUACCAGCUUCUCAUAUUGUCACUGGAAAAUUAUUCUCUCGAUAUUCUCUACAUACGUAUAUAUGUGUGUGUAUAUAAAUACAUGCAUAUAUACGCAUAUGUGUACGUAUGUGUCUGUAGGUGUGUGUAUAUAUAUAUUUAUGCAUCUAUAUACAUAUACUAGAGAGCUGGACAUACACACAUGCUAACUGUAUAUAGACGCUCCUUUUUUUUUUUUUCUUUUUAUGAAACUUAGAUUUACCUCAGACCCAUGCCACCAAACAUCUCCCACUCUUAUUUGGUGGGAUUUGCAGGGACUUCUCUGGGAGAACUUAGAGGCCCCACAGUAACUGCGAAUGAAGCAAUAUACCACUAACCUGCAGAGACACAAAACCAGAAACAGUCUCCGGCUGUCUCCAGAAGUCGUGGCCUUCCAGAACAGUCUGCCCCUCAAGGAAGGGUGGGGCAGGCAGUACCCCCAAGCAGGCUGCCCCUAAAGGUGGGGAAUCCUUCAUAGAAAACCCUUCACCCAUCCACCCCCAGAGACCCUGCCCUGUCAUCAGGAGGCCAAAGGUCAAUUGUACCCCCAAGGGGCACAGGGGAAGUUGGUGUGAAGACCCUUGAGUUUGUAUGCUGAGUCAGGAUGAUGAGAUGCUGUGAUUGGGGGAAAAAGAACAGGAGGAAACAAACAAAACCCAAAACAGUAGUAGUAUGGAGUAGAUCAAACCCUAGAAGUGCUAUAGGGAUAAAUCUGUGGUGACUAUACAAGUUUUACUUCUCUCAUCUUCAAAAUAUUUAAUGGUCUUUUUCCUCCUUGUUCUACGGAUUAUGCUUUGUCAGAUUUGGAACUAAAUGGGCAAGGAAGCGUUCAGUCACACCAUGUCUGUUAGAGAGCGGUCCACACUCUGCUCCCCGCUGGAGCCUCCGGUGCCCAGUCAGCCCUUGACCUCCAUCCUAGGACUGUGCUAGGAAACACCGUAGGCUGGGAUCCUAUGAAAAUGGCAGUGCUCCCCACCUCCCUUCCCUUCCUCUUCUUCCAUUCCUUCUAAAGCAGUUAAUGUAGACAAACAUGGUGGUAGAACAAGGUACGUGAUUCUGUAGUGUCGCAACAGCCUUCUGCAUGGCUCUUGUUUGAUUCUGUUUUACCUGCUUUUUUGUUGUCUCCAUUUUCCAGGUACUUCCAGAAUUGUUGGGUAAUGCGCCACAGGCAAAUCUAAUCCUAAUGGGACCAUUUCUACUCUCCCUCUGCAUGCCAAACCAAGGAUCUUUUCCUCCUCCUCUUCCUCCUCCUCCUCCUCCCCCUCCUCUUUCUCUUCUUCCUCUUCUCUCUCUCUCUCUCUCUCUCUCUCUCUCUCUCUCUCACACACACACACACCACACACACGCACACACACACAAGCACACACACAUACAUACACACACAAGCACACACACACAAGCACACACACUGGCUGGUUCUCUGCCUACCUCCAAGUUUUACAAUCCAAACUCCAGAAUCUGAGUCACAGCCUCCACAGGAGCCAUGUGACCCAUGGCUACACCACUCCUGUCACCUGCAGAUGCUUCGAAGUGCCAUCCUUGGCAUUUCUUCCCUUUGGGCUUGCUCCCACCAUCUCUUGGGUCCUCCAUUUAAAGGUAUCUUGCCCCCUUCCCCAGGGAGGGACCUAGUGAGCCACUGGUCCCUGGGUAUGGGGAGGGUCACCCAUUCUGCCUUGCCUGUGGGAUCAGCACUGAGUACACUGUGGAAUCAAGAAUGGGCUCUCGAAAUGAGAAUGUCAGUAAGAUGCCCAAGCCAUCAAGCCUUCCUUCCCUCUCAACUCCUGCUAUCAUGGGCCCUCUGUUUUUGAGCACAUAAAGAUAUCUUCAUUUUAUAGUUGAAGACAGUAAGGCCUGGGGUGGGCUGGGACCUGCACAAGAUAUGCCAGAUGGCCUAGUGGGCUGCAUUAUGCUCAGGAAGCCUUCAUUUCCAGGAAUCUGCUAUCUCUGCUAUGCAUCCAGGAGAUAAGACUUCUCUUUUGUAUCCCAGGGCUAUUUCCAGAUUUUUAAGUUCACUCACCUCCCAGGCAAAAAUGCAAUAUUCUCUGCCUGGGUACUAGAUAGAAGCAAAAUUGAGUUUACAAAUCUAUUACCCAACACACCUAUUGCCAGUUAGGCUGUGCGGGCUUGUCUCUGGGUUGACUGAUUUCAUUUUCCUUACUGCCUCUCCCCCAUGUCCCAAGAGCAGAGCCUCAGCUGUUUUCCUUGAGCAUCUAUCUUUCUCCCAUUGGCAAGUGGCUGAUGAAUUCACAUUUAGGGAAGCACACACACAGAUGGCAGAUGAGUCCCCAACUCUUCCAACCCCCAAUCUGAGCUUUGAUGCAGAACAAAUGGAAAAACACUGACCACCCCCAUCCCCAACACACUUCUUCAUCUGGUCCCCUUGCAUGUCUCAGCCACCCCCAGGUCCCAACUCAAUCCCAUCGGUGUCUAUCUAGUAUGAGCAUCUUCCUUCAGACUCCUGCCUGUUUUUAGUCCACUAUAUAUUGCUGUAUUUGUUAAAUGCUGGAAAGUAACUGUUAAAAUGUGAAACUGUAAUUUUUUUAAAGAAGGCUACAAUUACAUUAUAGCCAUUGCCACUCACCAAAUCUUUGCACCUAGUAGAUAGAUCGAUGUAAAAACAAAUACCAGAAACCUAAUUGUACAGUGAUUGGGGUGGGGGGUGUAGUAAUAUAGUUAGUAGUCCUCAAUAUAGCCAAGUGUACAAGGGGAAGUGGUGUCUACCAAUGUUCAUCACCAUUAUUGAAAGCUGUACUGAUCAGUUAGUUUAUAACGGGCAUUUAAAAAAAUUUAUUUUGGCUUCAUGGAAUGAUUUCUUAACCUCCAACUUACCCCGAGGUCAAGCUUUUUGUCUUUAUGUAUAACCAGUGUUCAGUCUGUUUUAGGAAUGAACCAGCAAGAUGUUCAUUUAAUUAAAACUGACCAAAGACAAUUAAUUCCUGGUCUAGUUUCCUGGGCACCGUGUGGCCCAGUUGCCACUAAAGACCUUUCUCCGAUCAAUUUGAGAACAAGCCGAGCUUCCGACCCCACUUGCCCUCCCUGCCCUCCUUCUCUUUUCCUCGUCGAGCUGCUCUGAGCUGUGGGAUCCUGUGAACAACUGUCGUCUUUCCUUCUCUUCAGUGCUAACUUUUCACCUUGAAGCGCCUUUUGAACCCCGGACAGAGCACACAACUGGAGGGAAUUGUGGGCGUGGGAAUUAAGACUAGGGAGUCUUUUUCUCCGAAAAGACUAAACCAGGGGUCAGGAGGGAAAUGGAUUCCUAAGGAACAGAAAGGUUUAUAUCCAAUGAAGAAAUCAAAUCGGAGUGGGAAGAGACACAGGGAAAUGGAGCCAUCCAUUGGCUACUGGCUGGAACCAGCAGUUCAGAGAUCUGCCUUAUAAACACUUAAACUGGUUUGUGGUACACAAAGGGGAGCUGGUGGGAGAGAAGCCUGCACAGAGGGCUCCCUUCGUUGGCAUCUCCUGGAGUGCCUUCUUGGGUGCAUUCCUUUCUCAUUCAGGAGGCAUGGAUGCAGAGGACACAUUGUGACUUGGUACUUGGUCAUCGCUGAGUGGCCAGCGUACUUUUGGAACAAGUGCUGGAAAACCCCAAGGACUAACACAAUAGUCCUCCCUCUCAGCCUUUCUGUUUCUAACUUCUCAUCUUCCAGAUGGUUCCACACGAGAGCAAAUGCCUCAUUCUUCUGAAAAACCAGAAAGGGGUGGAGUGGGGUGUCAUUUCUAGCUGCAGUAGUGGGUCCUAUCGGACUGGGAGGGAAAGGCGUGACAGGGAGGAAGAGGCAGGAAGAGGGUGAGCCAAGGUAUUGCUUAGCUGAUUUUCUGCUGUGCAGAGCUAAUGCUGACAGUUCGUGUCCACUUCCCUGGUUCUCUGGGGUCUCUUCUCCACUGAGAUGAAUUCCAAGUGGAGAAUUCCACAUACUCCAAGCUACCCAUGGGAACUGCCAGAAGGGACUUUGCUGUCAGUCUGAGACCUCCUGGCCUCUCUUAAGGUUGACCUGCCAGCAUACUCUUGUCCCAUCCUUUGGGACUGGCCAAAUGGCUAUUGCUGUCCUUUGCUGACAACUCCUUUCUGUGCAAACUGUCCCAGGCAAAUCACAAAGCUGUUCCUUGAAGUGGAACCGCCAGAGUGCACUUUCCUUCCCUAGAUGGAAGUGGGUCGAGGCUAGCUCUGCUACCCAGGCCCUCGUUCCAGGCAGUGUGACUGUUUACAUGGUUUGGCAAUAGGUUUGCUUCUGAUUGCUUCAGAGUGGCUGGUCUGUUUUGUUUGCUUUGCUUUCUUUCUUCCCCCAAAUUAUGACAGGAAAAAAAAAACAAACCGAAACCACCCUAGGAAAUUGCUGGUUGCCUGUCCCCAUGUGAUGCUAACUGUUGCCCUCUUCUGGGUAUCAUUUCUCUCUCUCCCUUAUGACCAAAUGCCCGUCCUAUAGAGUGUCUGAUUGGAUCCUCUGUUGCGUAUUCUGAUGGUGCCUGCUGGUUUGAUGUGGAGCUAUCCUGUGAAAUAAAACAGCUUAACUUUUUUC